UCAGUCCCUCAAUUUUAACAUACAAUCAAAUAAGUAUCAAAAUCUUGGCUCAUGUACUAGACUCCCUUUCUCUAGCAUGGCUUUUAAGCAUCAAAACUCAAAAUCCUCUUCUUCUUCAUUUUCAAGUUUUCGGUCUACAACCUUGCUCACUUUAGCUCUUAUACUUACUUCUUUCCUUCUUUUCAUAACCCCCCCUGCUCGAAGAAAUCUAAGCGAUCCAUAUUUCAGAAUAACUGAAGAUGUUCUAGUAGAAGUAGAUGUUCAUAGUGAUCUUCGCGAAAUUCAGACUCCAUGGAACAAUUUAUGUUUCGGACCGGCUAUGGAGAAGCUUAAACUUGGAGUUUUCUCUAAAACAUGGCCAGUGGGUACUGACCCAGGUGGAAUGGAACGACAUGCUAAGCAAUUAUACACAGAUCUGGCAGCUAGAGGACACGAAAUUCACGUUUUCACGGUACCCUCCGAUAGACGACCACAUCCCGAUAUCCACCAAGGCAAUCUUCAUGUUCAUUUUGCUGCCAAUGACCAUGGUUCUGUAAACUGUUCGCUAGCAUUUCAGAUCUUCAAUAGUGAAAAUGAUGCAUUGCCGUUUGAUUAUGUUCAUAGCGAGAGUGUUUCUUUACCACAUUGGCGUGCAAAAAUGGUUCCUAAAGCUAAAGUUGCUGUUACUUGGCAUGGUAUUUGGUAUGAAAUCAUGCACUCAAAACUAUUCCAAGGAUUGGUUUUGGACUCUCAAGGGUCUACAUUUGGUACCGAACUUCGUGAUGUCAUGCCAAAAUUAGUAGAGGAGAUUAGGUUUUUUCCAAGUUACACUCAGCAUAUAUGCAUUAGCAAAAGCGCAGCCGAGGUUUUAACGAAUAUCUACCAGCUUCCUCGUAGAAAUGUUCAUGUCAUCUUAAAUGGAGUUGAUAAUACAGUAUUCACACAGGAACCAGAAGCAGGGGAACGAUUCAGGAACAAACACGGUAUCCCACUGAAUGCAAGUUUGGUGAUGGGAGUUGCUGGACGUUUGGUCAGAGACAAAGGACAUCCACUUCUAUUCGAUGCCUUCUCAAAGAUAGCCAAACGACAUCCCGGCGUAUUUUUAUUAGUAGCCGGUACUGGGACCUGGCAAAAACGGUACAUGGAGUUAGGAUCAAGUGUUAAGGUUCUGGGUGCACUGGAUGCCUCAGAGUUGGCCGAGUUUUAUAACGCAAUCGACAUUUUUGUUAAUCCUACAUUAAGGCCACAGGGGCUUGAUUUAACCCUUAUGGAAGCUAUGCACUGUGGGACGCCACUUUUGACACCGAAUUACCCCAGUAUCACUGGUACUGUUAUCAUUAACGAUGGAUUUGGGUAUACAUUUUCUCCUAAUGUGGGAUCGUUUGUUGAAGCCUUGGAGAGAGCGAUAAUAGAUGGGCCAUCUGAGAUGCACAGGAAGGGCAUGGCUUGUAAAGCUUAUGCAUCGUCAAUGUUCACAGCGUCGAAGAUGGCAUCCGCUUAUGAAAGGUUCUUCUUGUGCAUGAAGAACUCAAGGUAUUGCCGGUAUCCUCUUCCUACAGAUUGUUAGAAUUUAGGACAAAAGUUUUCUUGUUUCAACUCUUGGUUCUUUCAUUUUUUUUUAACGAUUUUUGGUACUGUUUUCCUUUAUUUUUUGUAUUAUUUAUUAAUAAUUAUUAUCAGAGUAUACGAAAACGAAUUGAAUAUUCCACGGUACAUAGUACGUUGAAAAAUUCAAACCCAUGUUCAAGAAAUUAAUGCAACAAAAUGGUUUGGAAAUUGUGCUCACUCUAUGUAUAAAUUGUAAUUAAGUUCA